AUGUGUGCUGUUAAAGAUGUAAAUAUUAAUAACAUUUCUAUUAGAUCAGCAUCAAAAAACCAUGGCAUUAAUUACAGAACAUUAGCACGUUAUUGUAAAAAAAUUGUUAUUACUAACCCAUCACAUGAAAAAGUAGAAAAAGAACUGGUCACCUACCUGUUGCGAGCAGCAGAUAUAUAUUUUGGUUUAACUCCUACCGAAGUAAAAAAGCUUGCUUUCCAGUUAGCAAUUAAAAAUAAUAUUAAGGUUCCCAAUUCUUGGGUUGUAAAGGAACAAGCUGGUAAGGAUUGGUUUACAGGAUUUAUAAAGCGCCAUUCAAAUAUUUCCAUUAGGCAACCUGAAGCUACUAGUUUAAGUCGAGCGACAAGUUUCAAUAAGCAGAAUGUUGCAUCAUUUUUUAGCAAUUUGCAGCACUGUAUGCAAAAAUACUCGUUCUCACCAAAUGACAUUUGGAACAUGGACGAAACUGCUGUAACUAUUGUACAGCAACCUAAAAAGGUUAUUGCGAAAAAAGGAUUAAAACAAGUAGGAGCCAUCACGUCAGCUGAAAGAGGAACUCUUGUAACAUUAGCAUGCACAAUAAAUGCUAUUGGAAAUAGUAUUCCACCCUUUUUUAUUUUUCCUCGUAAAAACUUUAAAGAUCGUUUCCUAUUCAGUGCACCAACAGCAAGUGCAGGAGAUACAAAUCCAAGUGGUUGGAUGAAAGAAGAAAACUUUGUAAAAUAUCUAAAACAUUUUGUAAGCAAUACAAAAUUUACUAAAGAAAAGCUUUGUUUAUUGUUGCUUGACAAUCACGAAACUUAUCUUAGUAUUGAAGGAUUUGAUUUGGCAAAAAAUAAUGGAAUAGUAAUGCUUACCUUCCCACCACAUUGCACACAUAAGUUGCAGCCCUUGGAUAAGGCAGUUUAUGGUCCUCUCAAAAACUACAUAAAUACUGCUAUGACAUCAUUGUUAGUAAUGAAUCCUGGAAACAUUGCAUUUCCAAAGUAA